ACCCUGCCAACGGCGACGGUAGCGUCGGCGACCUGCGGCAACGGUGGCGUUGUGGCGGCGACCACCGUGGGCGGCGUCACCAAGCCCGUGCUGGUCAAGACGUCGGGAGCGAUGGCGGCCACCAGGGCCUUCUUCUGCCCCGCGCCGACCAUCGUCAAGGCCGAGCCUAUGUCUUCCGCAGCCACCGUCGUCGCCAGGGCGGUCGGCGCACACCACGCCAUCGGCAACAACAAAGAUGCGGAUGAGUGCCGUCCCGCGCUUCCCGAGAGCCUGGAGACGAUCCCCAAGGCGGAUUAUCUCCCGACGCAGCGACAUCGCUGGAAUACAAAUGAGGAAAUCGCCGCUAUCCUUAUCAGCUUCGACAGGCACGAGGAGUGGUUAUCCCGGGAGGUGAAGAUAAGGCCCAAGAGCGGGUCGAUGCUGCUGUACAGCCGCAAGCGGGUCCGGUACCGGCGUGAUGGCUACUGCUGGAAGAAGCGCAAGGACGGCAAGACGACCCGGGAGGACCACAUGAAGCUCAAGGUCCAAGGAACGGAGUGCAUCUACGGAUGCUAUGUUCACUCAGCGAUUCUGCCAACCUUUCACCGCCGCUGCUACUGGCUCCUUCAGAACCCAGACAUCGUGCUGGUACACUACUUGAACGUGCCGUACAGCGACGACAACAAGAUGGUGAUCGCGCCCACGCUGAGCUACUGCGCGGAUAAGAAGGAGUGGACCAAAGACGAGCUCGUCUCGCAACUCAAGCCCAUGUUUUACAGCGAAAACGAGCCGGACCUCAACAAUGAGCUGGAGGUGUCGACGGCCGAGACGGUGGAGGCCAUAGUGCAGCAGCUCAUGGAGAAGCAGCGGGCUAAAAGCAGCGCUGGUAGCGGCGGGAACGCGGGCGGCGGCGGUAGCGGCGCGCGCACGCACGAAUGCCCUUGCGACUCGACGACCAAGACGUCGCUGUCGCCCGCCUCGACGCCCACGCCGCCGCCGGCGCCCGCGCCGCAGCAGGCCUUCUCGGCCGCCUCGUCGUCGACGCCCUCGCCAGCCGCCGCCUGCAGCGGCAACGCGUCCAAAAAGUGCGGCCACAGCCUGCACCGCAUCAUCUCUCCGAAGACGCGCUGUGCCGCGGCCACGUCGUCGACGCCCGUGCCGCAGCCGCCGCCACAUUCGUCCUCGUCCGUGGCGACGGCCGCCGGCGGCCCCCUGGUGACGUUGGGCCACAAGGAGGGCCGCGCCGCCGCCGCGGCAGCCGCUGCGUCCGGCGGCGCCGCGAGCGGCGGCAGCGUCAUCCUUGCGGCGCCCGUGCGGGAGGCCGCGGGAGCGCCCGCCGCAACCGCCACCACAACCACCUCCUUCAUCCUCAACCUGUCGCAGCUGCAGGGAGGCGGCGGCUUGCUCAUCCUCAACAGUGCGGCCGCGGCCACGGGCUUGACGUCCGCUUCCGUGACGCCCGUCACGCUCUUGUGCAACGCCGGCGGCACGACGGCGGCAGCCGCCGCGGCUUCCUCCUCUUCCUCGACGGAAGGCGUCUGCAAGGAGCCCGUCGCCGAAGCGCCGUCAUCCACGGGUGGAGCGGCGUCCAGCGCAGCGGCCUCGUCGACAACCCCAUGUUCGGUCUCUUCUUCGAGCAGCAGCAGCUCCGAAGCGGCGGCUGCGAUCACCACGACGCGCACAGAAGUGAAGGUGGAAGAACCGUGCCGCGUUCUCGGCGAAGAAAUGGAAUUCGGCGGUGACCCGGAGCUGUGCAGCAGCAGUCUCAUGGGCGAGGACUCGAAGGAGCCUGCGGCGUCGGCCACCGAGGGCCGCGGGCUGUUCGACGACUCCCUCGACCUGAGCCACGACGGCAUUCAGAAGACGUUGACUGCCAACCUGGCCGCCUCCUCGCACAAUAGGAGGCCCUCGUCGGACUCGUCGUCGGGUGGCGGGGUUCUCGUGAAGAGUGAGAACGGGCCCACCGACGCAGACACUGUCGACCUGAAUCCUAUGGACUUCAUCGACAACGACAUCUCCACCCCCGACGAAGAGGUGUUCAACCUGGAUACCUUUGACAUGCUGACUGACCUACCAAACUGGGACGACUUCAACUCCGACUUGGCAGCUACCACAACGACCACUCCAUCAUCUAUUGGAACAGGAAGCACUCUGUCGUCUUCCUCUUCGGGAUUGGGCAGUGGUGGGACCCUGUCCCUAACAAACAAGACGCCCAGCACACAGUCGUCACAUUCAGGCAUGACCUACCGAGAAGGCACUGCCAACAUCACCGACUACUCGCCUGACUGGUCCUACACAGAAGGUGGUGUAAAGGUCCUGAUUACAGGGCCAUGGUACUCAUCAUCAUCACCGUAUAUGAUUCUCUUUGAUGGAGUCAGUGUACCAACAACACUAGUUCAAAGUGGCGUUCUGCGAUGCUUCUGUCCAGCCCAUGAAGCCGGAUUAGUAACACUCCAGGUAGCCUGUGAAGGCUUUGUCAUAUCCAAUUCAGUCAUCUUUGAGUACCGUGAGCAGCCUCUCGUCAGCACUCAAAAGGCCAAAGAUUGGUUUGGUGUAGACGAGGGCACUCUCAAAUUCUCAUUGCUGGAGCGGCUGGAAAUGGUCGAAGCCAGGCUCUCCUUGGGAAAUAAAGGUGGCACCCUUUUCCCUGGCGUUUUGGCUCAGGGCUUCGCGGACCGGCAGCGUCCGUUUGAAGAGCGGCUCGUGUCGCUGUGCCAGGAGCUGCGCUGGGGUGCGUGGUUGCCGCGCGGCGGUGGCGACUCGUCGCCCGUGCGCGCACUGACGCGACCCGACCUCAGCCUGCUGCACCUGGCCGCGGCGCUGGGCUUCUCCCGGCUGGCGCGUUGCCUGUUGCGUUGGCGCCUGCAGAGCCCGUCGCCCACGCUCGACGCCGAGGUGGACGCGCUCGCCAGGGACGCCGCCCAGUGCACGCCGCUGCACUGGGCAUGUGCUCGUGGUCAGCGAGAGGUGGCCUUGCUGUUGCUUCAGUGGAAUCUCUCUGCGGCCGCUGCCUGCAAUGCUGAUGGCCAGACAGCCACCACGCUUGCUCGUGAAAGUGGGCACACCAGCCUCGCCGAAGAGCUGGAGCAAGCAGCUACCAAACAGCAGCACUCGCAGGAUUCUACCAGCAGUGCUCACUGCCAGCUGCUGCCGCAGCAGCAUGUGCGAAGCUCAAAAGGUUCUUCGACAUCUACGCACAGUCGGCUGACAAAGCGAGCGUCGGCCGACGGCAACAUGAGUGGUGGCUCAUCCACAGAAGCAGAAUCUUCCAAGCGCUCCUCCAUAGACAGUGGCAUGUGCGAGGGUUCCUCGUCUCUCCCUUCAUCGAUGCUUCUCUCCUCGAGGCUCGUCUCUAAGCUGGAUCUUGGCAAUGUUGUUCUUGAACCAGAUGCACAAGGGAGCAGCGAGAGUCCAUUUAUUGAUGUUGUUGGUGUAUCGGAUGAAGAAAUAGAAAUGCAAAACCCCGUACGAUCUUCCGGGAUGAGCCCAUUAGGUAGGAGACGAGAAAGCCACAGCAGCGUGGGCUGUGACCUGGGCACUUCGUCUUCGCCUGCAGCAGAUGCCUCAUCUCAUGUGCCAGGAGACAGCCGUGUGCUCACACUUGCUGAGCAGAUAAUUGCGGCGUUGCCAGAGCGCAUCAAGGCAGCUCCGCGUACAAUCGAUGAUGACGAGGAUAACUCAAUGGAAGCUGAGGGUCUGUUUCUGCUUCUGUCGUCACCGGACACGGCUGGCGGACCCCACAGUCCUGGACUGGCGGCUACCAUGUGCCCCGUUGACGAUCCGCCGCCGCCACUUCUCAGCGACGACUUCAAUUUCGAGUUUAGUGACUACAACUACAGGUAUUGCGAAGCGGGAACUCCGUCGUCAUCCCUGAGCCCAGCUUCAUCAUCAUGCCUGCAGAGUCCCGGAAGUUUCACGUUAGAAUCGCCUUCGCCUCCUCCAACCACUGCGGAUUUCUGCGAGUUCUUCAAGGCUUCUGGGAAGAUCAUGGAGAGGGACUUCUCCAAUCUCACUCUUUCAGACAAGGAGCAACGAGAACUGUACGAAGCAGCCAAGAUUAUUCAGAAGGCGUAUCGUUCCUACAAGGGCCGCAAGCGCCAGGAAGAGCAAGAGAAAGAGAGGGCGGCCGCUGUGCUCAUACAGAGCUAUUACAGGAGGUAUAAGCAGUACAUGUACUACAAGCAGAUGACCAAGGCAGCCGUCGAGAGCUUCCACGGUUGGUGUGAACAGCACAAGAGGUUCAAGAAGAGUCCCGAAGGAGAAACGGCCACUGGUAGUCCUGGACAAGGCUUCUUCCACAGGGGCUAUUCGGACGACCGGCGGCAAUCGUCCCUCUCCAGCCGGGAGGGAACUCCCACCGCCUCGGCUUUCAGACGAACAUAUUCCCAGCGGCGUCAGCACCAGGCCGCUAGGAAGAUUCAGCAGUUCAUGAGACAGUCGAAAAACAACAGCAUGUGGGAGUUUUUACAUGGGAAAGUGAUUGCAGAGAGAGCGUGCCUUAGCUGCCGAAAGAGAGAGGCCAGCAGCGGUCGUUCCAGCGCCACCACGGCUGCCCACAAAAUCCCAGGAACUGCCUUCUAGCUUCAAGGAGACUUGAAAGCAGUGCGAGCUCAAGCGACAAAUGCAUGAUGGAAAAGGAAACGUCUGGAGUAGACAAGACAUAGAAUGCAGCAGCAGCAGCAACUACGCUGACGCAAGAAUUUUGGUUUCCGCGCGGCGCUUGGAAGCCACAGCUUCAAUUACUUUCUGCAUUCAUAUGUAUAUUGCAGUCCCUGCCACUUGGGUUAUCGCGAUUGCAUACAUUUAGGUCCUUCACAUGUUUCGCUGCUGCCAGGAUAUGCGUUUGUACAACGUGGUUGCUUUCCUCGCCCAGUGAUACGCUAUCCACAAAGAGCGCGCUUAUUAAGAUUUAUUUCGUGGUUUACGGAGCAUCACUUGCUGCGAUCGCUAAUCGGACACAUUUCUCGGCACUGUAGCCCCAGAAUGGAGGAAACCUGUUAUGAUCUGGAAAAUUUAUUUCACUCAUAAUGCCAAAACUGCUGCUGCAUUUUUCUCGCCUUCUUUUUUUAGACUCGUUUCUCACAUUUUAUUCUCUCUCACUUUUCCUUUUUAACAUAUAAACUUUCGUGAAUCUUGUUUCACACAUUACUUCCCCUUCUUGUAGCUUUCCUAUUGGGUUUGUCACUUACACACAUACAUACACAAAAAAAAAGCAGUAUGGUACAAAUGUUUGUAAAACCAUAAAAGCCUCCUUCUUUCAUUAGACACAAAAUCCCUUUUCUCUGCCACGCCUUUCAUGUUCACAAUACACGGACACAUGAAACAUUUUAAAAAUAUAACGUGAAGAAAGAAAGCAGGUACUGAGGAGAGCACUGUUUGUAAUGACUGUUCGUGUUUUCAUCAGUAAUUUAUCUUCAUUGUGACUUUUUAAAUGUUGUCUGUAAAAAAAAAAAGAAGAACAUGGAAGCUCAGUGUUGCCUUCUCGACACAGGUUCUUUAUUUUUAUGUUUUCUGCGGAACUGUCAAUCACUCCAUAUUUUGCACUUACCAGUAUAUGAUAACAUAGGACAGGACGCGAGUUCUGCAGUGGGUGUUCCUCGGUUUCUCUGUUGUUGCAGUGUCAUCUCACUGAUAUAUAUUUAUAUAUAUACACACAUAUUCCUGUUGCCACAAACGCUUGCUUGACAAUAUGUUGAUAACCAUUUCAGCUGCUGCAUGGAAGAAUUAUUUUUGUCCGCCACAAAAUGUGCAGUGUUGUGCGUGCAGAAACACUCUGCCUGCGAGCUCCCGAAGAAAAUACAAACGAAGGAGAGACGAAGUAGUGACGGAGUAAAGUCUCGAGAGAUCAAGUCUCGGUACAAAUGUCUCAGCAUCAAUUGGUGAAGAUGGCUGUCAUGUUAUUACAAGGCCGGAGGUAGACAUGAGACCGGGGUGAAUGCUGAAGAGACAAGUUACAAACACAGCACAACAGCUGCUGAUAUCUCAUAUGCUUGCAAUUAGAAACUUAUCAGCAAAUGCACUCACUGGCAUUCUGGUUAUGAAAAACAAAACAUAUUGAUUAUUGCGUGCAUAGGAAUAGCCAAUGCCACACAUGCUUUCUCGUAUUAAAAUACGAAGACAAUUUUACUGACUUGUGUACAUGUGCCGAGCACUUAGGUGGCUUUUAUUACCGGCUUUGUGUGCGUGAUAUUUCUCAUUCUCUCAUUUGUCUGCGAGUGCUCCAGCGAAAAAUAAUUUUGAAACUGUUGAAAGCUUAUCAAAUUUGUUCACCUAGUAAGGGUGGCUUUACAGAAGUGAAGUGAAGCUGCGGGAACUUUCAGUGCGCAGUCAGUGUCAAAAGUUUGUUGGGCAUGACUCCCAAUGAAUAAGUUUAACAUCACAGAAGUAGGUGUGCGAUGGUGAGUAAAAGCACAUGCUGCAUCAUUUGCGAAUAUAUCACUAAGGGCUAGAAUUCCAGACAACCAGGCCAGGGGACUGUUUAGCUUUAUUAUGAAUAAUGAAAUCCAUGAACUUUUGACAUUGACUGUAUGUGCGUAUUUCAGCAAGUUGAUAGACCGGAGCACCUGCAUCUCGCGAUGUUGACGCAUGCGAGGGAGUGUUAUGGAAAACAUCUCUGUUGCUGACUGUUUUCGCUUGUGCUGUGCAUUGGUGUUAACACUCCCGCCGACGCCUUGUCUGUUUUUUCCUGUUGUCAUAUGUCCGUGCCAUAGGUACAAACUAUGUAGCGAGGUGAAGAGAAGGUUGUAAGUGGAUUGUUGCUUCUUUAAAGGGGUGCUCUGCUGUUAGCAGGUGCCAAAGGGGCUGUUGAUUUAAAGACAGGCAGGACAGUCUAUUUAACAGGCACGCAGUUAUCAAAAGCAUGUUACAUGUGCGUAACUCCUACGUUGCUAUGCGCUGCUCCAUUUGAUGCACCAUCCAAAAUUAUGGUAGGGAGGGGCAUUUUGCCAGAUCUUGUCGCCACACUUAGAGACUCCUGUGGCGAGGGUUUCCUUGAGAAAUUCGCGUCUAGUUCAGGACCUCGGAUUUAAUCAUGACUAAGCAUAGAAUCACUCACUGUUACUGAAAAAAAAAAAAUUUUGAAUCGCUUUUCCUAAGUCAAAUUAAAAACUUGUAAGAUGCUCGAGCUUUGCUUUCUUGAGUAGAGCACAAUUACGUAAUCAGUCUGUGUUGGUAUCACUUUUCUAAUCCCUACUUUUGCUUUCGUCUUUGGUUGACCAUGCCACAAAAAAAGCUAAGAUACAGACGCCUUCCAGCUCCGUGACGAAACACUGCGCGAUGCCAUGUAAUGUGCGCCAGUCAGCAUGUUGUGCCAUCUCGUGGGUGAGAAUCAGGUCUCUGCCAUGCUGAAGCACUUUUGAGAUGUGCGUACAACCAGCAGUAAAUGGCCUAUAUAAAUAACCCACCGUUAGUAUGCUAGAGGAUGUAUGCGCGGUGGACGAGUGGCUAAAUGCAUUGCACCAUGGAUUGAGAAGUCACAGGCCCGAAUUCCUCGGUCCCACUCGAACUGAUGAUUUUUUUAUUAUUAUUUAUUCAUUUGCAUCUACCUCGAAUUUUCGCUCAAGUACGAUGCUGCUUUUUCGCUCACAACCAAAGGUGCUGACGCUGUCACCAAUACUAGUAUUUUUACGAAAUUAUCUCUCCAACGCUAUCACGUUAAAACAUCCAAAAACAUUUUAUCAUUGUAGGGUUAUAAAGUUAAGAUUAGUUUGUUGAAAUAGAGGGGUGUCCCUCUGUUUUGACUACAAGUUUCUUUUCAAUAUAUAACAGAAUUUUGUGGAAUGUUCACCUUUAAAAGACUAGUUUUGCAUACUUUGGUAACCUAACAUAAAGAUCUGCUUAAAGUAAAGUUAGACAAAUGUCUAGAGCAGAAGAAUGCCUUUCUGUCCUCUUGGUUUAUUGCUGUACAUCCAUUGACUUUGAAGGCCAACCAUAUCGUAGCUUAACGUAGUUAUUACAUUUGUUAUCGAAACGACAGCAACUGGAACGUGUGCACCCAUAUUUAGGUAGCUUUGCGAGUUUCCAAUAAGUGCUCAUCCUUGUGUAAACUCGUCAAGCAUUGUAACUAAGAGUUAGUGGCAUGCGAGGGCAUGUUCGUCGGAGAACGCACGAUUUCAGAAUACAGCUUCGUCUCGUUUAAGUGUCCCGUACUGAUAAAAAGCUCAAACCCAGUAUUGCAACGAAAUCGCAAGGAGCUGAUGAAAGACGCAAACCGAGUUUCAGGGCUGCCCUCCACUCCUCAUGUCAAUAUCGGUGCACCAGCUCUGUUAUAUAUUGUGAGGGUAAAGAAAAAUAAAAAAAAAUGUGCAUAGCACUGUGAAAUGUUAAGUUUUUUGCCUGAUAUAUUCUUUUUUUAAGCCCUCGAGGCACUUAGAAAAUAUUUCAAACUGUGUGUCGAUGCUUUUUCUGAGAAAGAGCUAAUAUGCCGUUAUUCCUAUCUGUUACGAACAUGCCGCAUAGCAGCUAUCCACCUGUGCUUAUCUGAUGGCUUUCAAGUUUUAAGUUCACAUGCAGGACAUCGUUGGCGAGCGGUAGCAUUUGCGGACCCGCUUGUGUACUUGUGUAAAGAAUGAUUUUGGGGGAAAAAAAGCUCCACUUUUGUAUGCCCAGUGUUCCCCUUUUGCCAAAUCUACAACUAACAGCAAACAUUGCUAGUAUUUUGUGAAGCAUUGCAGGGCAUAUUAUUCGGGCAAAGGUGAAGAUGAUCUGGGAGCUUGGUUGAAUGAACUUCUUGAAGCUUUUGUAUUACUCGUCGAAUAUACGUAGCUUAACUUAUAUCACAUGCCCUUUCCGAAGUACAUGGAUUUUAAGCGCGUCAAUAUAUUUGAGCACUCCCGGGAUUAGUAAUGUCCUUCUAGACAACUAGCGCUUACACAACCAAGAGGAGCGGCCUUUGGUUUUCUAUAUAUAGUACAUGAAACUCGGCAACUAGGGUCGCCUGUGUAGUUAGAGUAGCGUUAAGUUACAUAUUAGCAACCAAGCAUCUUGGAGCACCUGGUUAGCUAUCUAAUCCAAGGGACCUGCUAGAUCCGUAGAAGAUUUGGGCGUGACUUCUGUCUCGCACAAACUAUCAAGGAGCAAUGUGAAGCAGCACAGGGAUAUUUGAAAUAAAAAAGAAGCCAGGGGAGGAAUGGGCCACAGAGGAAGAAUCUUUUGAAGCAUUGAACGGGGCGACGAGGAAGUAGGCAUUAUGUACGCCCAUACGUCAGUGAUUCUUGUUGACUGUCUUUGGUGAAACUGUCCACAUCCCAGAGGCUGCUCGUUGCAUAUAACCCACAGCCCCCCUGCAUCUGUGUGCGUACCUGUGUUGAUAUUCUGGUCAUUUCUCGAUGCAGUCAUGUCACAACGGCGCGCGACUGCAUGCAGAGUUGGUGACAUGUACAUACACCACGUGUAGUCAUACUGUAUACCCAGAAAAUACAGUCCCAAUGUACUGAGGAGAGGUUACAAGCAAAAAAAAAAACAUACAAGACAUGGUAGAGUGCCGACUUUUUCUUAAAACAAAAAAAAAAAGCUUUCACUUGUAAGCGCUACCUAACUAUAACUACUCUCUAGUUUCUUCUCUCACCGUCUCUACUUCAAGUGAAGUAUACCAGUACAAAUACCACCCCCAAGUCCAAGUGUGAUGGGCGUUAGUGAGCGCCAUUAGAUGUGGAGGUACCCAGAAUCGUUGUUGCUGUCACUCUUGCUUUUGCAGAGGGGGAGAGAGAGAAAGGCUUCGGUCUCCAUGCAAGCGUGCCCUGACAUCUGCAUCUCAGCACAAGCUUAAAAACAUUUGUGUCUGACAUGAACUCAACUUCAGUUUGUUUGACUUCCAAUGAGCCAAGUCAAAUAAUUUUGCUACCGUGUCGAACGAUGCACAGGAAUAUUUUCUUGGACGAAUCAAAGACAAUAGUUCUUGUUACUUGGCCAGUCGCUUAAGGACAAAACUUGCUUAGCAUUUCCUGAGUGAUUGCCCAGUGUGUCUCAAGAUCUACAAUAUUAUCUUGAUUGUGUAAAUGAUUACAAAUGUAAUUAUAUGUUUCAUUGCAUUCACUUUCUGUUUUUUUUUAUCUUUGGCAAAAGCGAGAGCAUGCGAUAUGUGCAUUUUCACGACCAUAGACUCUGUAUCACCUGUAUACAACUCAUCUUCUAUACAUUGGCAACAUGGUAUCAGUGAUGAAUUAUUAAUAUCUUGAGACGAUGACUAAUGUACUUCUAUGAAGUGCAGAAUAGAGAUGGGUCUAGUUCAAAUCGCACCCAUGAAUCUCAUCUAAUAACUGCUUGAACUUGCACUCGAAGAUUGUCGCAAAUCGCAAACAAAACGUAAACCACUCUUCUAUAUCAUUUUAUUAACAAGAGACUGCUGUAACCUUCUAUACCCCCUGAACCUUGAUUCCUAUGCAGUUUGAAGCAGUUUAGACGAGAAUGCUGUCAAUCUCAAAAGCAUCUGCCUCUUAGUAUAUCAUGUGUGUGUGUAUUCUUUGUUUCAUAUUCAUUUGCACACUGCAUAUUAACUAGCAUUUCUGUAUGUAUUUCAUAAGAAAUAUGAUCAGUACAAUGUUCAAGCCUGUUGCAACUUGUCUUCAAAAUUUCAUAACGAAUCUCAUCGCAAAGACAUGCAUGCCAUUUCAGCAUAGAGACACUAUAAGACACCAGGAUUUCGGAGACAGAAGCGCUGACGCUCACAAGGUAUUAUGAUCUUGCCUAUGCUCGCAAGCAAAAGGGACAAAAAAUAAUGAAAAACAAGGCCCGAUAACGUGGUAAGCCCAUAUAGCCAGAAAAGUGUGCUGUGGAGAAAAGCAAACCAGCAUAGAUACACUUCUCUCUCUCUCUCGCCAUCUUUCUGUCACUAUCUCUAGUACCACACCUAUAUACACGCAUAUAUAUAAAUAUAUAUAUAACUAUAUUUGUGCUCAGAAACCUUCAUCGCGAGAUGUGAAUAAUCGUGAUAGCACAAGGUGUUGCUGUUUCUCGGUUGUCUCGUUAUAUUUUUUUUUUCUCAGUGCCGUUAAUUUGUGCAAAAGCUGGGUAGCCCAGCGCCAAUACAGAGCCGUCAGUUUAGACUCGAAUGUCGCUUCGGCCGUUACCUGAUGCCCCCAGAAGGGAAAAAAAAAUUCGAAGAUUUCUUAUUUUUCAUGUCAAAACCAUUUUUCUACUGUUGCCCCCGUGUCCCUUUCCGUGGCCUCCUUUCCUCCUCCCUUUGCUCGAUACAUUUGUGGUGUCCAUAGCUGUUUUGUAAUUUCUACCUAGGAGUCACUUGUAGAGUUUGUUAACAGCCUCGUGUUAACGAUUUUUUACAUAUAUAAUAUAUAUAAAUAUAUAAUAUAUAUAUUUACUGCCAGUUCCUUGGUAUUUUUGACGACUGAAUAUUUUUGCAAAAGUUGCAAUUUUUCGUUCUUUUUUUCUUGUUUUUCGGUUCAUGUUCACCAGUCCAGCCGAGACAUCUUGGUAGCAAGUGAGGGAAAGCUACGGGAUCGAUCGCCGUAGAAGAGAAGUUAUGUGGUCUGGCGUUGAGGAGUAAAGUUGAGAAGAAGAGACAUGUUGAACGUCUGUUGAGAGCAUGAACGUGCUGGCUCGGAGGCAGAGCUAGUAAAGUCGUUGUAAGUUCUGUGAACGUUUAUUUCCCCCAACCUGCCACCCCUCCUUUUCUUUUGAACUGCGGGGCAGAGUAAAGUGUGAUAGUUGAGAAAGACGCUUUCAUCGAGCCACACAAUGUGGGUGUAGACACUCUUCGAGCUGCUGUUCUUGUUUCCUCUAUCGCGAUGUGUGUGUUUUUUUUUUCUUGAUCUCAUCUGUUACCCAGCGCCAUGUUAUCACUAAUUUCUCAUACGUGUUUCGCUGUGUAAAAACCACAAAAACAAAUAAAAACUAUUCUUCCUUUCAC